AUGGAGGUUAAAUACAGGAAGAAGAGCGGCAAAAAGGUGCGUAAACCCAAGAUAGUUGACGGAGAUGAGAGCGCCAUUAAACUAAUCGCGCGACCUUCUAAGGACGAAACUGUCGAAAUUAUUGAACCGUUGGCGACCAAUCAAAAGGGUGUGAACCUGUCUGAAGAUGACAUGCAAUUAGAUCAAGUCAUGGAGGAUACCGUAGAGUGUGAAAAACUAAUCCAGGAAUACACUGGCAAAGUGGACAAGGCUACCCAUCACGUGCGCGCACUAACCGAACGAGUCGUAGCCGGAGAAUUAAAUAUCAAGAAAGGCAUGGACUUCUUGCACUCUAAGUUGCACGCGAAUCUGUCCUAUUGUAUAUCAACCGCUGUCUUGAUGCUCAUGAAGGCUGAAGGAGAGUCGAUAAAAGGCAAUGACAUAGUAAAAGAACUAGUAAGAUUAAGAGGAUAUAUUGAGAAGAUGAGACCUAUGGAAAGUAAAUUGAAGUAUCAGAUUGAUAAACUAGUAAAAAUGUCGGAACAAGUGGGUGGAAACAGCGAAGAGGAGGCGAACAAUGCACUGAGUUAUAGACCGCAAUUGAGCAGUUUGGUUAGCAGAGAUGAAGAUAGUAAGUCGCUGGCUGGCAGAAGUAAAGGGGACCAGGUAUAUCAAAAAUCUAUAUCAUCUCAACAUCGAUAA